AUGAUGGCUGGUACGAAAGUUGUAUCAGAUGCAAACCAGAAAAAUAAAAUCAAAGUCGAAAAAGAGAACAUUGCAUGUCACCCUCAUUAUAGUCGUUUAAUUGUUGGUGCAUUUGAUAUUGCCAAAAUUACACUGAAAACGCCGUUAGAAUUCAGCGAUACUGUUGGUAGUAUCGAACUCGUGGAUAAGGAUUACAAAUUGAAUGACCAAUCAGAAGGGGUCACUGCCUAUGGAUAUGGCGUGUUGAACAACACCGGACCAUUGAUAUUGAGGCGUUGCGAUGCAAACUAUAUAUCUGAUGUCGAACGGGCCAACACAUUUAUGUCAAGUCAGACUUUGUGCUUUACCACUGGUGAAGCUACGAAUGAUGGCAAAAUUAUUACACCUGGCGAUUCGGGUGGACCAGUCGUUUCAAAAACAAAUGGCAAAAUAGUGGGGAUAACAGUGGGUAUGAAUGGAACAGCAGAUGGUCGCGGAGCGUUCCUUCCAAUUGCUCUAUUCCUUGAUUUUAUUCGUGACCCAAAGAAUUGGUUACUGCUUACAAGAGAAAAUAUGCCGAUGCUGACGAAAAUGAUCAACUAA